AUGGUGAAGCUGUUCUGUGCGCUCGUUGGAGUGAAGGGAAACGCCUUCUCCGUGACGAUCGAUGCGAGCGAGUCUGUGGAUGACUUAAAGAAGGCCAUCAAGAAGGAGAAGGAGAACAAGAUCAAGUGCGAUGCAGAUGAGCUCGAGCUGUUCCUCGCCCGGAAGAGCGACGACAAGUGGCUCGAUGGAAGCGGCGCGGAAGCUGUGACGCUCGAUAAACAUGGACACCGGAAGGCUUUACGCACAUGGAUCCGUUGCUGUGGAUCAAGAACCCGAAGAACUUUUGAGACAACUUUGAGCCAAACGAAGGGGAAAUCCACGUGUUGGUGGUGGUUCCGGAAGGACCAAUUGAUCAUUGAAGUUGCGCCAAUAGGAGAUGGAGAAGCAUUUUGGUCGGAGGAAAGUCAGAUUGAAGCCGACGCCAUUACGAAUAAGGCUGUUUUCGACGCCUUUAUUACUCCGUUUUUCAGCACCAUCUUACACAGCUGUGGUAUGAUCUUCGUCAAUAGCGAGAAAUAUCAAUGGUUGUCUCAGUCCACAGUUGUGACCAAGAAUACAGAUCUCAAACCGUAUGGAUUUGCGACUCACCGCGGUAUGUUUCGUGGCAAGCCAGUACCAAACGAUGGAGUGAAACGUCCGAGUGAAUUUCGGUUUGGAGUAGCAGAGGAAGAAUUGUUUGACUGCCGCAUUCUAUUCGAAAGCAAGCUCACCAUAACUGAAGCUGCGUUUGGACAAUUGGCACGAUAUCUACAUAAUCUUCUCCCCGAGGCACCAGCAAGCGCUAUUCUGUUUGAUCGCCGCUCGUUUUGGUUGAUUAAAAGCCACAAAUCGGUCGUUGUCAAAGCUCAAAUUGCAAAGUGGACCAACAACGGAUCGAAAUCAUUGUUUCAGAACUUCAUUACUGACAACGUAUCUCCGUGGGUGUCGCGCUUGACUCUUGCUUGCUUGUGUUUGGGCGUCGACGUGGUGGUGGGCGAAGCGUUUCUUGGUCGUGGCGCUCAUAGACGCGUGUUUAAGGUCAUUCGACGCGAUGGGAAGGUUUUUGCACUACAAAUUGUGGAGAAAUGUUCCGUGGGACGUCUUUAUCAAGAGAAGAAGGCCUUGACGCGUGCCCAGCAUACAGGCUUGACAAUAAGUCUUGUGGGAGAGCUCAUCGAAACUCCUGAAAGUGCAGCACUAUUGCUGUCUCCAGUUGGGGAACCUCUGCCUCGCCCAAGGACACAACAAGAAGUACGAAGCCUCUUUGAACUGUUAUGGCAGCUUCACGCGAAUGACCUGGUGCAUGGAGAUCCUCGCGUGUCAAACGUGAUUCUUCACGGCGAAAAACGUCUCUGGAUUGAUUUAGUGGAAGUGAUGGAAGCGAGCUCCACUUUGAAGCGAUUUGAUGCUGAAAUUCUCACACGGUCCACCCUCAGCGUUUCUCGGACAAUUGUGCUGGACCCGGCGCUGGUGCAGUUGAUUGACAAGUAUGGCGAAAGAGCUACGAGAGAAAACCUUGAUCGUCUGGCCCAGGCAGUCUGGCAAAAGCUUGGAGUGUCAAAUUAG